AUGGCACCGCCUUCUUUUGUCCGCAUCAACGAGAUUGUCUCCGUGCAGCACCCCAAUGGAAAAAAUGAUACGACGUCUUCCGAUGGAAUCUCGGAAUCCCAGACCAGCAGAGACCCAAAGACGGCUUCACCCGGGAUGAUUCUGUUCUUGUCGUGGGCCAAUGCCAAUGAUCGGCACAUUGAAAGGUACACGAAGCUGUACAAUGAAAUUUAUCCCGGCUCUAGCAUUGUUCUUGUGGAAAGCGACAUGGUAGCAUUUUUCUGCCGGUCGGUUCAGACGCAGCAAAAGCUGGUCGGGCCGGUGGUGAAGAUGCUUCGCGAGGCGGCCGACGACACCCUAUACGUACAUAUCAUGUCCAACGCCGGCGCCAAACAAUGGGUCGCCAUUAACGAGAUGCUCUUUCAAUCAGAAGGGCGCUCCCUAUCUGAAUUGUCCACCAUCAUUGAUAGUGCCCCAGGGCGAUCAGGAUUUAGGAAAACCUGGGAGGCAAUCUCCCCGGCCUUGCCGCGAGCUGUCCUGCCCAAGACCAUACUCAGCUUCGUGCUCGGUAUCGCUUUGCGCGUUGUGUACAGUACGAAAUUUUUUGGGCCCGGGUUUGAUCCACUAGAGACAAUAAGGAAGCAGCUCAACGAGCACGUCCCAGUAGUCGCUGGGCCUCGCCGAUGCUACAUAUACUCCGAGACAGAUCUGCUCGUUGGCGAGGACGACGUGGUAGAUCACGCAGAAGAGGCAAAGCAGAAAGGCUGGUCAGUCGAGCUUGUCAGAUUCGAAGGAAGCCCACACGUCGGACACCUGAAGCAGGACCCGAAAAAGUAUAGAGACGCAAUCGAGAGAACGUGGCUAGGGAGGUCAAAGUUGUAA